GUAGCGACAACAGUGUCGGUCUCAGAGCCAAGCGCGGAGGGAGCGAAGAGACGUCGCCUGAAUGUUGUUCCUGGCGACAGAGCCAGCGACGAACCACCGACUCUGACAAUCCCAUCUAGUGAUGCCGCAUCCACGGAAGAACCACCUCGAUGCUUGCGCAGCAGCCUCGACGAGAUGCCUCUGAGGUUUGCGCCGACAGGCAUUCUCUACUCCAAGGCAGAGAAUGGGCAGCAGAAGGGGCCGUUCAAGGUGGGUGGCUUGGAGCGCGCCCCACGAAGCGGGGAGCAUCCCUUCGAGGCGCUCCAGACCGGCGCCUUCAAGACCAAGGCCUUGAAAACCGAGGGAGUGCUCAGCGGCGCUAACGGCCGACAAAAUCAGUUCGCCCUUGCUGCGAAGAGCUUCCAGGGUCCGCCAACGGUGAAACCUGCCGGUGCCAUUGGUGAUGGCCUGGAAAGUCUGGAGUCGAAAGCUUUCGAGUGA